AUGGCUUCACUUACAAAGGGCCGGUCCUCGCGCCGAGUGGCUGCCCGCCGGAGCUAUGCCGUUGAGGACACCUCUGAAUCUGAAGACCCCGGGAACGCCACGCCGACCGCAGCCACCGAAGACGACAACGACGAGAGCGAGGAAGCCGAAGACUACACACCGGUUCCCAAACAACGCGCCGUAAAGGGUGGCCCGCGCAACAAACGAAUGAAGCUGGAGCCUGCGACGCCAUCUACAGUCCGGCCAACGCGCAAGUCGCAGCAGGCGACCGCGGAGGACUCGGAGGAAUCACAGGUGAUGAUGGAUGUUAACGACGAUGAGAAUGAUGAGAGUAUCAAUAUCUCCUCCGUGGAGGCAGAUCCUGAUUCUCCCUCCAAUAAAGCGGCGCUGAAAAGAAAAAGUAUGGCUCAUCCCCGCAAGAGUCGUGGUUCUAUCACGCCCAAGCCGACCAAGGGCUCACUCCCCACUCCAGAGCCGUCUGCAUCGCCAGAGCCUGAAGCGCGGGCCCAUCGGGAAAGCGUGCCGCCUCUCUCCGAUAUCACCGACUCCGCCGUCAACCAGUCGCCGUCCAAGCAUUCCGAGGAGCCUAGAUCGCAAAUCUCCAUCAUCAAUCCCAACUCCACAGUCCUUGAGAGGCCAAUGGACAUUGUCCUAAAGUCGAGAAACGUGGCUCAGCCGGCACCCGAAGAGCCCGCGGAGGCCAAACCUCGCAUGAUUAUCACCAACUUGACCUUAACAAACUUUAAGAGUUACGCGGGCCGUCAGGUGGUUGGUCCCUUCCAUGCCUCCUUUUCCUCUGUCGUUGGUCCCAAUGGUUCGGGCAAGUCGAACGUGAUUGACUCGCUGCUUUUUGUCUUUGGUUUCCGCGCUAGCAAGAUGCGACAAGGCAAGAUCUCGGCCCUCAUCCACAACUCUGCCCAGUACCCCGACCUGCCUUUCUGCGAAGUCGAAGUCCACUUUCAGCAAGUUCUCGACCAACCCGACGGCGGCCACGAAGUCGUUCCAGAUUCCCAACUGAUCAUUUCGCGACGAGCGUUCAAGAAUAACACCAGCAAGUACUACAUGAACAAGAAGGAGACAAACUUUACCGCGGUGACUACGUUUCUUAAAGACCGGGGGAUUGACCUGGAUCACAAGCGUUUCCUGAUUCUGCAGGGUGAAGUUGAGUCGAUCGCCCAGAUGAAGGCCAAGGCCACCGGCGAACAUGACGAAGGUCUUUUGGAGUAUCUCGAAGAUAUCAUUGGGACUUCAAAAUACAAGACCCCUAUCGAAGAGGCCGCGACUGAACUUGAGACUCUGAACGACGUCUGCAUGGAGAAGAACAACCGCGUCCAGCACGUGGAGAAAGAAAAGAACGCGCUGGAGGAUAAGAAGAACAAGGCUUUGGCAUACAUCCGCGAUGAAAACGAACUGUCACAAAAGCAAUCGGCCCUCUAUCAAAUCUACAUCGAUGAAUGCGCGGAUAAUAUUCGCGUUACCGAGGAGGCUAUUCUCCAGAUGCAGGAAUUGCUUAACCACGAGCUCGAGAAGCACGAGGGCAAUGAAUCCGGCAUUAAGGAGCUCGAAAAGCAAUACAAACGUGGCGUCAAGGAAUACGAAGCCAUGGAGAAGGAGGCCCAGGGCUUGCUCAAGGAAAUGGCCAAAUACGACAAGGAGUCGGUCAAGUUCGACGAAAAGAAGAAGUUCCUUCUCGGCAAACAAAAAAAGCUGGAGAAGACGAUGCAGUCUGCCCGUCUUGCCGCGUCCGAAUGCCAGAGUCUGCUCGAGAAACACGCCUACGACAUCGACAAGAAGACUAACGAGACGGCCCAACUCGAGCAGGAGAUGAAGACAGAGGAGGAAGAAUUGGCCUCCAUUCGUGAAGGGCUCAAGGGCAAGACUCAGGGACUCUCUGAUCAAAUUACCGCCAAACAGAAGUCUUUGGAGCCGUGGAACGAAAAGAUCAACCAGAAACAGUCCAGCGUCGCCGUCGCUCAGAGUGAGCUCGACAUUCUGCGGGAACGGGGCAACGCGGGUGCUGUUUUGCUCGAAGAGGCACAGGGCAAGAUCGCCACCAUCGAAGAAACACUCGAGUCUAAAGAAACCGAACUUGAGGAGCGACAGGCCCAAAAGGAGACCUUGGAAGCCGAAGUUGAGAAGCUGCAAAACGACUUGAAGAAGUACUCCAGCCGCGAGCCCGAGGUCCGCGCCCACGUCUCCAGCGCACGGCAAAAAGCGGACGAGGCACGAGUUAGCCUGGCAAGCACACAGAACCGCGGCAGCGUUUUGACUGGAUUAAUGCGGCUCAAGGAAUCUGGUCGAAUCGAUGGCUUCCACGGCCGACUGGGCAACUUGGGCACGAUCGACGAGAAGUAUGAUGUUGCCAUUUCGACCGCCUGCCCGGCUCUGGACAACAUGGUUGUGGAAACUGUGGAAGUCGGUCAGCAAUGUAUCGACUAUCUCCGGAAGAACAACCUUGGCCGAGCCAACUUCAUCCUCCUUGACCGUUUGCCUCGCCGUGACAUGUCAACCCUCUAUACCCCUGAGAGCGUGCCCCGUCUCUUUGAUCUUGUCAAGCCCAAGGAUCCCAAAUUUGCGCCGGCAUUUUAUAGCGUGAUGCAAAACACUCUCGUUGCAAAAGACCUGGAGCAGGCCAAUCGCAUUGCCUACGGUGCUCGGCGAUGGCGAGUGGUCACACUUGAUGGACAGCUGAUUGACGUGUCGGGAACAAUGAGCGGUGGUGGCACUCGUGUCGCACGCGGCGGCAUGUCCUCGAAGCAAGUGGCCGACACCACCAAGGAGCAAGUCACCCGAUUGGAGUCUGACCUGGAGGAGCUGGAAAGAAAGUUCCAGGCCUUCCAAGAUAAACAACGGCACGUGGAGGCCCAGAUGAGCGAGAAGUCGGAGGAGAUUCCUCGUGUGGAAACCAAGAUUCAGAAGAUCAGGAUCGAAAUCGACAGUGCCAAGCGCAGUCUCGCGGACGCCCAACGACGGGUGAAGGAGUUGAGUGCGGAACACAAGCCCUCCAAGGAUGACGAAGCGAAGGCAGUUGCCCUCCAGAGGCAGAUUGACUCGACGAACAAUGAAAUUGAAGAGCUCAAUAGCGAGAAGAGUGGCAUCGAAGAGGAGAUCCAGACUCUGCAGAGCAAGAUCAUGGAAGUUGGUGGUGUUCGCCUUCGUGGACAAAAAGCCAAGGUCGAUGGCCUGAAGGAGCAGAUUGGCAUGCUCGCCGAAGAGAUCUCCAACGCCGAGGUCCAGAAGUCCAAGAACGAGAAGCUCAUCAGCAAGCAUGAGAAGGCUCGCAGCCAGUCUGAAAAGGAAAUUGGCCAGAUCACCAGCGACCUGGAGAAGCUGGAGGCGGAUGUUGAGAAUCAGGCCAAUGAUGCUUCUGGUUGGAGGCAGAAAGCAGAUGAAGCCCAAGAGGCGUUGGAAAUCAAGAAGGGCGAGCUCGAGACUCUGAAGGAAGAGCUUGACGAGAAGGUGGCCGAACUGAACGAGACCCGAGCUACCGAGAUUGAGAUGCGCAAUAAGCUUGAUGAAAACCAGAAGGCUUUGUCCGAAAACCAGAAACGCAGCCGAUACUGGGAAGAGAAGCUUUCCAAGCUGUCCGUACAAAACGUCAGCGACCUCGGUGACGAGCAAGAGCCCGCAGAGCUUCAAAUGUACACCAAGGACGAGUUGGGCGAGAUGAACAAGGAGUCCUUGAAAGCCGUCAUUGCCGCUCUGGAGGAGAAGGUCCAGAAUGCUUCCGUCGAUCUGUCCGUCAUUGAAGAGUACCGCCGCCGAGCGGCCGAGCACGAGUCCCGGUCUGCGGACUUGGCGACUGCUUUGGCAUCUCGCGACAGCGCUAAGUCUCGUUUGGAUGGACUUCGCUCUGCUCGACUGAACGGGUUCAUGGAGGGAUUUGGCAUCAUCUCUCUGCGUCUGAAGGAGAUGUACCAGAUGAUCACCAUGGGCGGAAACGCCGAGUUGGAACUGGUGGAUUCCCUGGACCCUUUCUCGGAAGGAAUUCUGUUCUCGGUCAUGCCUCCGAAGAAGAGCUGGAAGAACAUUGGCAAUCUCUCUGGUGGCGAGAAGACGCUGUCCAGUUUGGCGCUGGUGUUCGCCCUUCAUCAUUACAAGCCGACGCCGCUCUAUGUCAUGGACGAAAUUGACGCGGCUUUGGAUUUCCGCAACGUCUCGAUUGUGGCAUCCUAUAUCAAGGAGCGAACAAAGAACGCGCAGUUUAUUGUCAUUUCCCUCAGAAACAACAUGUUCGAGCUUGCAUCUAGACUUGUCGGUGUGUACAAGGUCAAUCAUAUGACCAAGAGCGUUACGAUCGAGAAUCGUGAUUAUAUCGAGGGCCGGUGA